CACGCCUUCGCCCUCCACUCUGACCUGAGGAGGAAACCAGAAACUCCGGCUGAAUGUUUGACUCUCACUUAAUUCUCUAUUCUGAAUUAAGAGCACCGACGCAACAGUCAUAUGCCCUGCAAUCUAUGAAAAAAAUGCCUGUCAAGCAGAAUUGUUCGCCGCAGGCCCUGAUAUGUAACGUCUUUACGGUUGCAUAGUUCACCUCCUUACCUUUUUUCCAGAGGUGGGUGGUGACCAUUCGCUCGGAUAUCUUUUCAUUAGGCUGCGGAUUAUUGUUCUGCAUGUCCACAACAUUUCCCCUAUUGUUCCAGUCGGUGUUAGGUGGUGUUUUGCACGCAUUUCGAAGGCUUGCCCUGUUUUUCACGCCAAUAAGCCAGUUUGAGUAGUGCAUCAUUAGUGCACGUUAAAUCCCAAAGACCCUAACAUGAGCGUAAUAAUAUCUAGAAAUAGUCCCUAGGAGCACAGCGGCUGGUCCAUUGCAUUCAUGUAAUAGCACAAGGUUACCAGGCACCAGUGCAUCCCAUACACAAUCAAUGCGUUCUAUUCAAAACGUCUGGUGUGUUUGGUUUAAAGGCGUGGACCUGCUCAUUUUUGCUCCACGUCGGCUUCCGUAAAAACAGCGAGCGGUUCGGUUACCAUGAAAACAAGAUUCACCACUGUGGAUAUCAGGGCAGUUAUUGCCGAGAUCAAUGCCAACUACAUUGGCAUGAGAGUAAACAACGUGUAUGACAUCGACAACAAGACGUAUCUCAUCCGUCUACAAAAGCCUGACAGCAAAGCUGUUCUCCUGGUUGAGUCUGGGACUCGUCUUCAUUCCACAGACUUUGAAUGGCCCAAGAACAUGAUGCCUUCAGGCUUUGCAAUGAAAUGUCGAAAACACCUGAAGACGCGCCGGUUGACCCAGGUUAAGCAGCUCGGGAUUGACAGGAUUGUUGACAUCCAGUUUGGCUCAGAGGAGGCUGCCUACCACUUGAUUAUUGAACUGUAUGACAGGGGUAACAUCAUUCUUGCAGACCAUGAGUACAACAUACUGAACCUGCUGCGGUUUCGUACAGCAGAGGCAGAAGAUGUUAAGAUUGCUGUGAGAGAGCGGUACCCUGUAGAGAGCGCCCGACCCCCUGAACCUCUCAUCAGUUUAGAGCGACUUACUGAAAUCCUCAGCAAAGCACAGAAUGGAGACCAAGUGAAAAGGGUCUUGAACCCUCACCUUCCCUAUGGAGCCACUCUGAUAGAACACAGCUUGAUUGAGGUGGGACUGCCGGGCUCCGUCAAAGUUGACACCCAAGUUGAUGCUGCCCAAGUUGCACCUAAAAUCCUGGAAGCUCUGCAGAUUGCAGAAACAUAUAUGGAGAAAACUGCAAACUUCAGUGGCAAGGGUUACAUUGUUCAAAAGAGUGAGAAGAAACCAAGCUUAACUCCUGGCAAACCAGGCGAAGAACUGCUCACAUAUGAUGAAUUCCACCCAUUCCUCUUUGCCCAGCAUGCAAAGAGUCCCUAUUUGGAGUUUGACACUUUUGACAAGGCAGUGGAUGAGUUCUUUUCUAAGAUGGAGAGUCAGAAGAUUGACAUGAAAGCCUUGCAGCAGGAGAAACAGGCUCUGAAGAAGUUGGAAAAUGUUAAGAGGGACCACGAGCAGAGACUGGAGGCCUUGCACCAAGCGCAGGAGGUGGACAGAAUAAAGGGUGAACUGGUGGAGAUGAACCUGCCUGUGGUGGAGAGGGCUCUUCAGGUGGUGCGCAGUGCACUGGCCAAUCAGGUAGACUGGACUGAGAUCGGCACUAUCGUCAAGGAAGCACAAGCUGCUGGAGACCCUGUGGCCUGUGCCAUCAAGGAGCUGAAGCUGCAGACCAACCAUAUCACCAUGCUUUUAAAGAAUCCAUAUAUUUCUGAGGAAGACCAGGAGGAGGAAGAGAAAAAAGAUGCAGUAGCGGAGAAAGGGAAGAAAAACAAAAAUAAAGACAAAGGACAGAACAAGAAGUUGCUAAGGAACAAGCCCAUGUUGGUGGAUGUGGAUCUUGGCCUGUCGGCUUAUGCCAAUGCCAAAAAGUACUAUGACUUCAAACGCUUUGCUGAAAAGAAGGAACAUAAAACCAUCGAAGCAGCAGAUAAGGCUAUGAAAUCUGCAGAGAAAAAAACACAGAAAACACUGAAAGAGGUUCAGACUGUGACCACCAUUCAGAAGGCCAGGAAAGUCUACUGGUUUGAGAAGUUCUUAUGGUUCAUCAGCUCAGAGAAUUAUCUGGUCAUUGCAGGAAGGGAUCAACAGCAGAACGAGAUGAUUGUCAAACGAUACCUUCGGGCAGGCGAUAUCUAUGUUCACGCUGACCUCCACGGAGCGACUAGCUGUGUCAUCAAAAAUCCCUCAGGCGACCCUAUCCCUCCUCGUACCCUGACAGAAGCUGGCACUAUGUCUGUGUGCUACAGUGCUGCUUGGGAUGCCAAAAUCAUCACCAGUGCCUGGUGGGUUCAUCAUCAUCAGGUGUCUAAGACAGCUCCCACUGGAGAGUACCUGACCACUGGAAGUUUCAUGAUCAGAGGAAAGAAAAACUUUCUGCCACCUUCUUACUUGAUUAUGGGCUUUGGAUUCCUCUUCAAGGUCGACGAGCAGAGUGUGUUUCGGCACAGAGGGGAGAGAAAGGUGAAGACUCUAGAGGAGGACAUGGAGGAUGUCUCAUCCAGAACUGCUGAGCUGUUAGAGGAGGGAGAGGAGCUGAUAGGUGAUGACAGCAGCAAUGAAGAUCAGGGUGAGGAGCGAGCGGGAGGAGACGGAGAGACGGAAAAGAAGAUCAAAAAGGUGGUUGAUGGGAAUGAUGGUGCGAGUGGAGAACUGGCCGCUGUUCCUGAGGAGGACAACCUGGAGGCAGACGGAGGGGUGGGUAGUGAGGACGACAGUGGGAACGAAGAUGAGAAAGAAAGUGAAGAAUUCAGCUUUCCAGAUACGACUAUCUCCCUCUCUCAUCUACAGCCCAGCAGGAGCGCUCAGAACCCUGGUUUCAAAAAGGAAGUAACCACUCAGAUUGAGGUUGACUCACAGGCGAAGAAACACAUGACUGCCAAGCAGAGAAGAGAAGAGAAGAAGAAGAAACAGAAACAGGAAGAGUGUGACACCGAGGAGAAGACAGAGAUUUCAUCUGGUGGAUCAGCAGCCGAUCAGGGAUCCAAAGGUGGAGGAGGCCCCUCCCAGCAGCCACUAAAAAGAGGCCAAAGGAACAAGUUAAAGAAGAUCAAAGAGAAGUACAAAGACCAGGAUGAAGAGGACAGGGAGCUGAUGAUGCAGCUGCUCGGGUCAGCUGGCUCCACUAAGGAGGAGAAGGAUAAGGGGAAGAAAGGAAAGAAGGGCAAGGGGAAAGAGGAAGCCAUGAGGAAACCACCCUCUCAGAAACCGUCCCAGAAACCUCGUAAUGUGGAAAAUGCAGCGAAGAAGCCAGAGCAGACAGGAGGAGGGGAGGAUAAUGAGGAGCGACAGCCUGGAGAGGAGGGAGGUCCUGCUGAACAAGAGGACAAGGAAGACGACGUGGACCACGACAACCCCGGAGCAGAGGAAGCAGAGAACCUGCUCACCUCUCUGACAGGCCAGCCUCAUCCUGAAGAUGUACUGAUGUUUGCUGUGCCAGUCUGUGCUCCAUACACCGCCCUUUCCAACCACAAACAUAAGGUGAAACUGACACCAGGUUCUCAGAAGAAAGGGAAAGCUGCACGCACUGCAGUUUUAAGCUUUAUGAAAGCCAAAGAGACAUCAACCAGAGAAAAAGACCUGUUCCGCAGUGUCAAGGAUACUGAUUUGUCCAGAAACAUGCCGGGCAAAGUUAAAGUGUCUGCUCCAAACUUGCUGGCUGCCAAGAAGAAAUGAGAGAUGGGUGAAUACAGACCUGACAAGAAGUGUGGAAUUAUGGUAUUAAACACAGAACUACAGUUCAGUGGGACUAAUCUACAUUUCAAACAGUUACAGGAUAAAGAUCUGAUUGUCACACAGUACAGUGUUUCUGUUUGGAUAUGAAUAAUUUUAUUAAGAUUUAAUGUAUUAGUUGACCAACAAUUUGUUUGAAAUGAAAAUAUGUAAAUUAACAAAGCUGAACAGAACA